CAACAGCACAGCUGUAAAAGCAAUUUACCUUCUUCCUCUUCCCAAAUCUAAGGAAUAUUGCUCAGACUAAUGGAUACUACAAAAUCAGAUGGUGUGGUGAAAGAAGGGAUUGAUGGUGAAAUAUCCAAGUUGGGCAAAGAAAACUCUAACCAAACGAAAAAGUCCAUAAAAAAAUUUCGUAAAAAACUUAUUAAAGACUUUCAAAAAAGGAAGGCCCAGUUUAAGCAGCGAAAGGAGAAGAGGAAACAAAGAAAGGAUGGGACCUGUGAAGAACAGCGAACAGAAUCUAAAGACAUCAGUGACAACAAACAACCAUCAGAUAAACUGAGAGACAAACAACUGUCAAAUAAAGUGAGAGAUGAGCAACCAUCAGAUACAGUCAGAUACAAACAACCAACAGAGAAAGUGAAAAACAAACUGAAAAGUAAAGUACAGAAAGAUGGACCUCAUAAAGAUGUUAAAAGACUUCAACACGGCCCAAGGAAGGACUCUAAAGCAUCCAAAAAAGACAGCAAUGUGAAUAAGAAAUCACACAAAGGACCUAGAGAAUUUAGAAAAGAUGAAUACCCAGGAGAUGCACCUGUAUCCAAAAAGUUAAUGUCAAAAUAUCAGAGAGGAAAACAGAUGCAAACAAAAGGAACACGUACCUUCCAUGGACAUGUUAAACUGGUUCAAAAUGAAAAGAAGUUAAAAAUGGCAGUAAAACAGGCAGCUCGAUCAGAACGCCUCUUACAAGAAGAGCCCGGUUUUCUGAUACCGGAGGAUGGAGAGAGCACCACUAAUGUCAGUCAGUCUGACAUUGUCCAGUCAGUAGACAUAACAACAGCUCAGAAACAUUUCAAUCUGGACCUUCCACAAUUUGGCCCAUACAAGUUGCAGUACACCAGGAAUGGGAAAUAUCUAUUAAUAGCUGGGAGCAAAGGUCAUGUAGCAGCUAUGGAUUGGCUGACAAAGAGAUUGCUGUGUGAAGUUAAUGUCAUGGAAACAGUCAGAGACAUAAGGUGGCUUCAUCAGGAGACAAUGUUUGCUGUUGCCCAGAAGGAGUGGACCUAUGUGUAUGACAAUCAGGGGAUAGAGUUACACUGUCUGAAGCAGCUACAUGAGGUUCUCAGGCUGGAGUUUCUCCCCUACCACUUCCUCCUGGCCAGCUCGAAUGUCAAUGGUUACCUGUACUGGUUGGAUGUCUCGGUGGGUCAGAAGGUCGCCGGACACAGCACUGGUCUGGGCAGGCUGGACGUCAUGUGUCAGAAUCCUCACAAUGCCAUCAUCUGCCUCGGACAUCCCGGAGGAAGUGUGACGAUGUGGUCGCCUAAUGUUAAUGAGCCUCUGGUGAAGAUGCUUUGUCACGGUGCUGCAGUCAGAUCCAUAGCUGUGGAUUCUAGUGGAAUGUGA